GGCUGACUCAGCCAGUGUCUAUUAAAAGCACUUAGCUGCCAGUCCAACAGUAAGUCCAGCAGACACAGAGAAGGCUGGGUGAAUGACGGACGGGACAGGGAGAAGGUGGCUAAUGCUCUAUUACCUCAUUAGCCAACCAAACCUGGAAAACAACAGCCAUUAACGGGUGAAGGAUUAUCUUCCUACGCACGCUGUCAUGGAGUUGCCAUCGGUGAUGAUGCUGCCUCUGCUGGUCGUCAUAGCGGCAGGCAUCUACUACAUCUACACCGAGGUCAUCCAGUACAUGUCCCAAUCCGUGGUGCGCAACAAGGUGGUGGUGAUAACAGACGCUGUGUCGGGCGUGGGAAGCGAGCUCGCCCGUCUCUUCCACCAGGGUGGGGCCAGGCUGGUCCUGUGUGGCACCAGCUGGGACAAGAUGGAGUCUCUGUACGACUCCCUCACCAGUGGAGCGGACCCCAGAGUGAUGUUUACACCCAAGCUGGUGCUGCUGGACUUCAGUGACAUGGCCAGCAUGCCCGACGUGGUGCUGGAGGUGGUGGAGUGUUACGGCUGUGUAGACCUUCUGGUGUGUAACAGCAGCAUGAAGCUGAAGGCUCCCGUCCAGAGCGUGUCCCUGGAGCUGGACAGAAACAUCAUGGACGUCAACUACUUUGGUCCCAGUGCGCUCACCAAAGGGAUUCUUCCCACCAUGAUCUCGAGGAGAGCCGGUCACAUUCUAUUGGUCAACAGUAUCCAGGGGCGGCUGGCGGUUCCAUUCAGAAGCUCCUAUGCUGCCUCCAAACACGCGGUUCAGGCCUUCUUCGACUGCCUGCGGGCAGAAGUGGAGGAGUAUGGGAUAGUCGUCAGCACCAUCAGCCACACCUUCAUCAACGCUACUGCCCCACCCACCACAAUAAGCCCCGCCCCCAAACCUCCAAAGGGCCUGGCAGCUUUCCUUUCCAGUCAGCUGAACAAUGGCGUGAGCCCGUCAGCUCUGGCCAAUGAGAUUGUGCGAACGGUGAACAGGAAGAGGAAGGAGGUGGUGCUGGCACACCCCAUCCCCCGGGUGGCUCUCUACCUCCGCUCCCUCUUCCCCUCGCUCCUCUUCUCCGUGGUGGCAGCCGGAGUGAAGGACUCUGCCCUGUCCGAGCAGAUGUAGUGGAGGGGUGGAGGAGGGAUGGAGGGAUGGAGGGAGGGAGGAGGGAUGGAGGGAUAGAGGGAGGACAGGAGAGA